UACUGUAGGACAGAUCAGACAUUUUGUCACAAUGCCUGAAAUAAAUACCAACCAUCUUGAUGAGCAACAAGUUCAACUUCUGGCAGAGAUGUGUAUACUUAUUGAUGAAAAUGACAAUAAAAUUGGGGCUGACACCAAGAAGAAUUGUCAUCUAAAUGAAAACAUUGACAAAGGAUUAUUACACCGAGCUUUUAGCGUCUUUUUAUUUAACACUGAAAAUAAGCUUUUGCUACAGCAGAGAUCAGAUGCUAAAAUUACCUUUCCAGGUUGUUUUACCAACAGUUGCUGUAGUCAUCCGUUAAGUAAUCCAGGCGAGCUUGAAGAAAACAAUGCCAUUGUUGUAAGACGAGCAGCACAGAGGCGUUUAAAAGCUGAACUGGGAACACCCUUGGAAGAGGUUCAUCCAGAUGAAAUGAAGUACUUAAUGCGAACUUACUAUAAGGCACAAUCAGAUGGUAUCUGGGGUGAACAUGAAAUUGAUUAUAUUUUAUUUUUGAGGAAGAAUGUAACCUUGAAUCCAGAUCCCAAUGAGAUCAAAAGCUAUUGCUAUGUGUCAAAGGAAGAACUGAAAGAAAUUAUGAAAAAAGCAGCCAAUGGUGAAAUUAAGUUAACUCCAUGGUUUAAAAUUAUUGUAGAUACUUUUCUCUUUAAAUGGUGGGAUAACUUGAACCAUUUAAAUCAGUUUGUUGACCAUGAGAAAAUACAUAGGAUGUGAGUGCAUAA